AUGACAUCUCAAAUAUCCCAAAAAUCAUAUAAAUAUAAAGAAAAUGAUCCAUAAUAUAUUGGAGAGAAAUAAAAUUUAGACCGAAAUUUAAUACAUGGUCCUAAAUAAAAUCGAAUGCCUACUAAUUGUUUAUGCGCAAUUAUUUAUAUUGCGUUUUUAUCAGGUAUUAUUGUAGCCGCUAUUUUCGCAUUUAAAGAAGGCUCUCCAUAUAAAUAUUCAUACCCAAGUGAUUCUGAUGGAAAUAUUUGUGGAAUCGAUUAAGGUUAUAAAGAUUAUAAAUAUGUACUUUUACUAGAUGAAGGUAUGAAGAAUUCAGUCUGUGUAGAAGAAUGUACAAAGGAAGUUAAAUUAAAUGGAAAAUAUGCAGCUAUUAAAUGUAAAGCGAAUUCGAAAAUUAAAACAAAUACAUUAGGCGAAUGUUUAGUUUCCGAAAAUAAUAUGGUGAAAUCUAAAAAAUAUGUUAAUGCUUGCGUUUCUUUAUAAAAAGAAAAUGAAUUAUAAAAAAUAUUAUAACCUUAAGAAGAUUUUUAAAAAAAUUUAUCGGAUUUUUAAAAAUCUUGGCCUAUAAUGUUGUUUUCUUUAUGUGUUUCUUUAAUUUUAUCCUAUAUAUAUAUUGGAUUUAUGAAAAAAUAUAGUACUUGUUUAACUUGGAGUUGCAUUUUGAUAAUAAUUUCAUCUUUUUUUGUUUUUGGGGGAUUAUGUGUAACUGAUAAAUACAAAGAUGUAUUAUUAAAGCAAAAUUAAAAUCAAAAAUAAAUGUAAUUGAUAGGAAUCGCUAGUAUAUUUUUAGGUUCUAUUUGUUUACUUUAUAUUAUAUGUAAAUGCAAUAGAAUUCGAAUGGGAGUGGCUUUACUUGGAUGUUCUUCUAAUUUUAUUAGUGAUGUAUGUAGUAUUUUAAUUCUGCCUUUAAUUUUGUGGAUUAUUUAUGUUUUAAUAUUAGUUUUUUUAGGCACAGCCUGUGUAUGGGCGUAUGGAAUUGGAAAAUAUACUAAGGAUUAGGGACCUUAUGAAAGUUAUGAAUAUAGUGUUAAUAGAAACAUAUAUUUAAUAUUUAUUUUUGGAUUUGUUUGGAUUAGUGAGUUUAUGGCUAAUUAUGCAUAUUUUAUUAUUUCUUCAUGUACUAGUAUAUGGUAUUUUAAAAGAAAUCAAUAAAAUUAAUUAGAAGGAAAUAUAAAAUCUUCUUUAAAAUUUGGAUUUUAUCAUUUCGGUUCUAUUGCCUAUUGUUCUUUAAUUUUACCUAUUUUUAGUAUUUUGGGUGUUUUAUUUUCUUUAUUUUAUAAAUGUGGUAAAAAAUUCCAAAAAAAAAAACAAGAAAAGGAAAUCGUAUAAAGUUAAUAAGACAGAUAAUUCGAAGAAAAAUCAAAAGACAUAUCUGAUAAUUGUAAAAAUUGCUGUAUUUGCUGUUCAGAUUAUUAUGAAGCAAAAAUACGCUUUGUAUAAAAAUCAGGAAUAAUAGAAAUGGCUUUUGCUGGAAAAGAUUUUAUAAAAUCUUGUUAUGAUAGUUACUAUUUAUAAAAAAGAAAUUCAUAAUAUUAUUCAUCAUUACUAGGAUUAAGUUAAUUGAUGCUUUUAUUAGGAAAGUUAUUUAUAGCAUGCACUAGUACUUUUAUUUGUUAUAUAAUUCUUAGUGAUCAUAUUUAAUACAAAAAUGAUUUAUAUAGUCCUUUUUUACCUACUAUUUGUGUUGCUUAUGCUUCUUUUACUAUUGGAAAUAUUUUCGUGAGUGUUUUUAGUUCUUCUUCUGAUACUAUUUUGUAAAUAUAUUGUGUAGAUGAAGAACUUCAUAAUGAAAUUAAAGAAAAAAGUACAAAUGUUCCUCCUUAAUUAAUAUAAUUUUUAGAAAAUUUCGGAAUAUAAUAAAAAGGAGAAGCUAAAACAUGA